GUCCCAGCCCGCGAUCGAGCUUUUUUCGCCGACCCAGCCAAGGCUUCACUGCUGAGCUUAGCGACUGCCGUUGAGGAGGUCACUCCAUACAUCGGCACCGAGCUAAAGGGAGUCCAGCUGAGCAAGCUGACCGACCAGCAAAAGGACGAGCUGGCACUGCUGGUAGCGGAGAGAGGUGUCGUCUUCUUCCGUGAUCAGGACAUUACUCUUGACCAGCAGCACGAGCUUGCAUCAUACUAUGGCAUUAACCAACACAAUAGCAAGACAGAGAUCCCAACCAGCAGGACCCCAGACAUCUACUUACUAACCUAUGGCAGAAACAUCCGAGGCCAUGGCAACUUCUCUGGAGAGUGGCACGGCGAUCACACCUACGAGGUGAACCCGCCUGCGUAUACCCUGCUUCGCCUGCUCAAGACGCCUCCCAGCGGCGGAGACACCAUCUUCACCAGCCAAACCGGCCUCUUUGAUAAACUCAGCCCAGCUUUCCAAAAGGCCAUCGAGGGUCUCCACGGAGUCCACUCUUCAGACGUACCCUAUCUCGGCUCCAUCAACGGCGGCGGAACACCACACAGAUCCCCCAUCUCCACCGCCCAUCCCCUGGUCCGAACACACCCCGUAACCCGCCUCAAGUCUCUCUUCUACAACCCAACCUUCCUCGAGCGCAUCCAGGAGCUCAACGCCCAGGAGUCUCACCACAUCCUCGCCUUUCUCCGCGAGCAUCUCUCCAACGCAGACGACGUGACUGCCCGCUGGAAGUGGACGCCCGGCGCGGUUGCUUUCUGGGACAACCGAGUCAUCGCCCACAAGGCC